AUGGCACUCGUCCAAGGCACAACAAAGAGGAUCGUGUGUGCUGCACUAUGCAUUGCUCUUGUGAUACUGACUUCGACCCUAUCGUCUUGCGACGAUGAGGAAACAUUAUGUGACCCUAUGCACCCAUGCACUAACGACAAAUGCUUAUCGGAAUGUGGAGUCAAGGAACGCAGGGUGAAAAAGUUUGUAAAGAAGAUCAGAUGCGAGCCUAGGGUUUCAUUUUUCCUUCUCCACGUUCACUUUGGCGGCGGCUGCUUGGUCCGUGCGACCGCGCCGCGUGAGCGCGAGCGCCCCAGCAGGGUGCCCAUCCCCAGCGCCGGUGGGGCUCAACAGGGUAGAAGAGAGCACACACGUUGUGUGUGGCAAGGCAAGGAAUCGCGGGCGCGGCAGUGCGAGCUCGCUGCGAGACAGCGACGCUUGGCAGGGAGAGGCGGAGGGCGGGAGCAGGCGGCACUCAGAAUCAGUUCGGCGGCGGCGCUCAAGAUGUCAUCAUCGCUUCCUCCUCCUACAAGUGGAGAGGGUACAAGCAAUUCUAGCAGAGCUGGAGCUGUUUCUCCAGCGGUGCUUAUUGAUGUGGAUGCAGCACCCACUCCUGCUGCCAUAGGUCAAGUAAAAGAUGACAACAUAUUCAAUGUGUGGAAUUAUGGUUUUAGUGUUGGACAAGGAUUUAGAUGUGGGUUUUGUGGCGCUACCAAGAGAUCUGGAGGUGAAACGAGACUAACACAGCAUCUAGCUGGGGUGCCAAGUGAUGUGAAGCAUGCUAUGUGGAGAAAGCAUAAAGAAUCUAAGGAUAGGAAGAAAGAUUUAAAGAGGACCAAAAAGAGGUUGGAAAAUACUCUUGUGAGUGAGAUGGGUGGAAAAGGAAGUAUUUAUGUGGCAAGCGAUGAGGAGGAGGAGCAGACGCGCUUGUUAAUGGCAUUAUCAAGACAAGAUAAUGAUUUGCAGCAAGAAGUGAAUAUGAGGCAGGCCUCAUAUGAGCAUGGAUCUGUUAGUUCAUCUGCCCUAGCAGCUAGUAGCGGAUCAUGCAGGAGACCUCCUACUGUACAGCCAAGGAUUGACUCAUUUGUUACAUCUUCUAGUUCUGUCCAACCUAGGAUUGACACCACCUUGAAGCAAGGAGAGAUGGAAAAACUUGCACAAGCUUGGUCCAAAUGGUUUCAUGCAAAUGACAUUGCAGGGGUAAAAGCUAAUUGUCCUUAUUUUCGAGCAGCAAUGAGGUUGACUCAAGAGUUAGGAACAACAAGUAGGUUAUUCAGUGGGAGUGACAUCGAUGGCCCAUGUUUGGAUGCUAACUAUAAAAGCAUUGAGGAGGCUGUUGAGGUCUUUAAAAGGGAUUGGAAGAAAUAUGGUGUUACAGUCAUGUGUGACUCAUGGACAGGUACGACAAGCAUGAGUAUUAUCAACUUCAUGGUGUAUUGCCAUGGGCGCAUAUUCUUCCAUAAGGCUAUCAAUGCAAGUGAGCACAUCCAAAAUGCAGAAUAUUUGUAUACACACAUUAAGAAAGUGGUAGAUGACAUUGGCCCUAAGAAUAUUGUGCAGCUUGUCACUGACAAUGGGGCAAAUUACAAGAAAGCAUGUGCCAAGCUUAUUGACGAGUACCCCCGUAUUGUUUGGCAGCCAUGUGCCGCUCAUACAAUGCCUGCAGCUGAUUGGUGGGUAUUAUUUGGUGGUGAUACACCAGAGCUACAGAAGUUUGCCAUUCGUAUUGUUUCGCAGUGUGUCUCAUCUAGUGGGUGUGAGCGGAAUUGGAGUACUUUUGCACUAGUUCAUACAAAACUGAGAAACCGCCUUGGUUAUGAGAAGCUGCAAAAGCUUGUGUAUGUACGCCACAAUUUAAAGCAACGUCUCAAGCAAGGUGUAGGGAAAAAUCAAACAGAAGAGAAAGAGGCUGAUCCAUGUGCUCUGUUGAUGGAUUGCACAUUAUUUGAUGAAUCAAACCCAAUCAUGGAUUGGUUGAACAGGCCAAAAAUUGUAGAUGAUGAUCUUUGUCUUGAAGAAUUGCUUGGUUGGUCAAAGAAGAGGAAAAUUCUUGCUUUACAGAGGGCUAAUAGGAGGAGAAAAGGUAAGAGGGUUGUUGAAGAUGAAGAAGAAGACUUUGUAGAAACUGAAAACGACAUAGAUGAUAGCAGUCCUCAUGGCAGCCCUGCUUAUGCAGAAUCUGCUGAUAGUAGCUCAGCGAAUGACACAGACAAUGAACCAGAGCAUAGGGAUGGUGAUACUCUGGGCACACACCAACAAUUUGAAGAGCAACGAGAGGACGAUAAUCGAAGGGGACAGCGUGCUAGGAAGAAGAAGAGGAAAGAGCUAAUAUCUGGUGAUCAGAAUGGAAACAUACGUGUGUGGGAUUUGGCCGCUAACUCAUGCAGCUGUGAGUUGGUACCGGAGGUUGAUACUGCUGUAAGAUCUCUGACAGUCAUGUGGGAUGGGAGUAUGGUGGUUGCUGCAAAUAACCAUGGGACAUGUUACGUUUGGCGCCUACUUAAGGGUACUCAGACAAUUACCUGCUUUGAACCUCUGCACAAACUGCAAGCCCAUGAUGGCUACAUUCUGAAGUGCCUGCUUUCACCAGAAUUUUGCGAUCCUAACAGCUUCUUCAGACACCACAGCGAGGCUAUGGACGAUGUCAACCGGAGAGGCCACAGGGUGUACCAGGGUCAUCACAAGGCCACCGUGUGCUGCGCUCUCCAUGAUGGGGCAGAAUCAGCGCCCUCAUAA